GUAGUCAGCCCUAGUGAACAACCCCCCAGUAUUGGUUUCAGCUCCGACAUGGCUGAAGAAACUUUCCCUGUCCCGAUAGUAAGACUUCCUGGAACAGGUCUGGAACAAACCUAUGGGGACAGGCGAAACAGUUUAUCCGAUCUGUCACACCUUGGUGAAGAAACACCUGAGCACAGAGGCCGAGGUCGAGGUAGAGGGAGAGAAGGGAGGGGACGAAACAGAGGCCGUGGUAGAGGUCAGUCAGAAGGGAACAAUGACGAUCAGAGUACUGGCAAUGGUCGUGAUAGUCGUGUCAGACCUCGCGGUAGAAAUAGCAGGGGUGGAAGAGGGCAACGCGGCACGAGACGCUGCCAGAGUACUGAGGUGAUCGGCGCUUCUGCAUCACCUGCAGAUGGAUCGCAAGAAGGCAGAGGGCGUGGACCCAGAAAGGAAUAUGUUGAGAGACCAAUGGGCUACAGGAGAUUGAGUGACCUAGCAUCGAGGGACAGUUGUGAAGAUGUAACACUGGAAUUGACUAGUCCAAGAAGUGGUUUCGAACUGUUGUUAAAGUUUGAUAAAAUAAAACCUGACUGGAUGAAUCUGUUGCUACAUAUUUUAGAAAAGGCAUGUAAAUCUACACACAGAGAAAGUGUUCUGCUGAUCUUAACACAGCUUUGCUCUUCCACAUUUAUUGAAACGCAUAUAAUGCAGUUUUUAACAAGCGCACUACAGCCUCCCUAUUCAAGUAACUUUGUUGACAAUGUCAAACGAUUACUAUUUAUCUUUGACACCAUCUAUCACAGGCUUCCUUCGUCAGCAGAAAAAUGUGUUGGGAGCUUGCUGGUCAUGAAGACCGUGUUUGAUGUGCACCAGCUGACGGAUAGCCAUACAGACCUCGAGCGGAACAGAAUGGAAUUGUUUGAAAUGUGCCAGAGAGCUGCUCUGGUUGAAAAGGAAGAAGAAAGUGUGAAACAGUCACGAGGCAGAAAAAGAAGGCCAAUGAUGAACGCUGAUGAUGACACUCCUCCCGAUGAUUUCAGAAAUUUGGAGAUGUAUCCCAACCCAGAGGAUCUUCAACUGAAUCAAGAAGUUUUCCUUCGGAGGAACAAGGAGAAGGGAAGGUAUCCAGAUCUUAACACGUACUUGGAUGUACAGUUUCGGCUGCUGAGAGAAGACUACAUCCAGCCUCUGAGAAAGGGUAUACAAGACUACAAGAAUUCAAAGAAGAAAGGAGAAUCACCAAAGAAAACGUCAGAUCUGCGUCUGUAUAAUGAUGUCCGCAUUAUUGGAUCAGUCUGUAAUGAAGACGUUGAAACCAGAAUCAAGUUUGAUACCUCCAAUACCAGCAAAAUCAGAUGGCAAUCCUCUAAGCGACUGAUCUAUGGAUCGUUAGUCUGUUUGUCUCAAGAUGAUUUUGAAACGAUCAUCUUUGCUACUGUGACAAACAGAAAUGUUCAGGAUCUUGAAAAGGGUAUCAUUCAAGUUAGAUUUGAAAGUGGUCAAGAUGUUGUCCUAAAUGCAUCAGCAAAUGAUUCCUUCAUCAUGGCAGAAACAACUGCCUACUUUGAGGCAUAUAAGCAUGUACUUUGCCGAUUACAACAGAUCACAGACAAGAUGCCUUUCCAGAAGUAUAUUGUUGAAUGCAAAACACUAGUUGGUCCUCCAAAAUAUUUUUUAGGAGAAGGCAUAACAAGCUACACGUUGACAGCGCUUGGUGAUGAAUCGCCGGACCUAACGUCUGUGCCUGUCUUGAACUUUUUAAGAUGGCCGCCUCUAUCAUCUUUUAAUUUAGACCAUACACAACUGGAAGCUGUGAAGACAGCACUGACGAAAGAAGUAGCUAUUAUUCAAGGCCCUCCUGGAACUGGAAAAACAUACGUGGGGCUAAAAAUUGCCGAGGUCCUUUUUGCAAACAGAGCUGCUUGGUCAAGAGAUCCAACAAGUAAUGCGGUAUUGGUAGUUUGCUACACAAACCAUGCCCUUGACCAAUUUCUGGAAGGGAUUGCAGGUUUUCUUGAAAAGGAUAUUGUUCGAGUUGGGGGGAGAAGUAGUAGUGAAGAAUUGAAGAGAUUCAACUUGAAAGAGCUGAGAAUGGAAAAACGAAAGGAGAAAAGUGUCAGAAGAAGUGUCAUAAAUAACACUUACGGUUGCAGGAAUGCCAUGACGGCUUUAAGGCGGGAUAUAGAGGAGGUUAGCGGAAGGAUUGAAGCAAGUUCAGUCGGGAUUCUCCAUGAGAAGGUUCUGAUGCCGUUUAUGCAUGACAACCAUUACAAAUCAUUAACUCAGAGACGUGCAAGAGACGCUGACGUUGCUGCUGUUCAAACCUGGUUAGGACUGGAUGAUCUGACGAGUCAGACGGAAGGGAAUCAGGCAAAAGGGGCUUUGAUAGAACAUUGGGUACACCUUAUAAUGAAGGUCUGUUCUCGUCACAACACCAAAGAGAAGAAGCACAAACCCAUGGAGGACGAUGAGGUCAUGUCUUUAGGACUGGUGAAACGGGUGAACCUGUAUCACGGGUGGAUAGCACAGUUCCGAUCCCAUAUCAAUAAGAAAAUAGAUGAACUCAAUGAAGAAAGUUAUGAUGACAGUGAAUAUGGGGAUGAAGAGGAGGAGGAGGAGGAGGAGGAUGAAGGGGAGAAGGAGGAGAGGGAUAAAAAUGAAAAGACAGACCUACACGGACUCAGGCUACAACUUGAGUCAUCCCAAAAACAGGUUCUCAUGGAUGCUCCUCUCCGUCCAUUUGUACCAAAGGACAUCUUCAGAGCUGUCACAAUGGGGAAGUAUUCUCGUUUUAAAGAUGGAUGUGCCAUUCGGGCGUGGCUUGGAGCGUCCCCUCACCUGCUGGAAGAGGGCCUCCCCUCAGCAGUAAAACAACUGGAACUUGAAACUGAAGAUGAGGAAUAUGACGAUGAUGGGCUUAAUGCAGAUGAAGAGGCGGAUAUCAUAACAAAUCAGAGGCUGGUUGAUGACCAAGACAACUUAUUUGAAGACAAACAGGCAAAAUCAGCGCUUCUCAUUAAGAAGGCUAUGGAAUCGAUUGCGUUGAGUAUGCAGAGUUUGGAAAUGAAAGACGGGAAAAAGAAGGGGAAGGAUGGGGAGUGGGAGCUUCAGCCUCAGCAGAAGAAGAAACUUAAAAAGCAGCUAGAAAAUGUACUAAAAUGUAAAGACUCCAUGGACGAGAAACAAGUUGCCCAUAUAAACAAUGUUUGGGAUGUGCCCCUUGACCAACGACCCUCUCUGUACAUAUACUGGUUGCUGAAAUACCAGAAUCAUCUAAAGAAAUCCAUCCAAGGAAAAGAACAGGUAUAUCGACAAACAGCUGCUCGUUUGAAAGAAGUUCUGCAAGAAGAGGAUAGAGAUAUUCUAGCUGAAGCAAAGGUGAUUGGAAUGACAACAACGGGAGCCGCCAAACAUGCAGCUCUGUUGCAAGCCGUUGCUCCGAGAAUCAUCAUUGUUGAAGAAGCUGCUGAAGUGCUUGAGUCUCACAUCAUCACAACACUCAAUCCAAAGUGUCAGCAUCUCAUCCUUAUUGGAGAUCAUCAACAGCUCAGACCAAAUCCAACCGUCUAUGAACUAGCAAAAAAUUACAAUUUGGACAUAUCCCUUUUUGAGAGACUAGUAAAGAAUGACAUGCAUCAUGUCACGCUCGGACACCAGCAUAGGAUGAGACCUGACAUUUCCGUCCUCAUCAAACACAUCUAUCCAGAUCUCCAAGAUCAUCAAUCUGUUACAACAUUUCCAGAUGUCCUAGGAGUUGAAAAGAAUGUCUUCUUUGUUCACCAUGAACAUCAUGAAGAGCAUCAACAUGAAAACAUGAGCAAAACCAAUCAGCAUGAAGCAUCAUUCAUUGUUGCUCUUGCUCGAUACUUUCUUCUUCAAGGGUACAAACCAUCUGAGGUCACAAUCCUAGCAGCUUACACAGGUCAAAUCCUGCUCAUUAAAAAACGCAUGUCUGAAAUGACAGAUAUGUUUAAGGGUGUUCGGGUUACAUCCGUUGACAACUACCAAGGUGAAGAGUGUAAAAUCAUCUUGCUGUCCCUUGUCCGCAGUAAUAUGGAAGGGUCAGUAGGAUUUCUUGGGAUUGAGAACCGAGUGUGUGUGGCCUUGUCACGAGCGAAAGAAGGACUCUAUGCUGUAGGUGAUUUUCAUCUACUCGCAAAAAAAUGUUCUCUGUGGAAUCUGAUUACAGAGACAUUGAAGGAAAAGAAAUUCUUUGGUCCUUCACUUCGGUUGAAAUGCCAGAAUCACCCAAAGGUAACAAUAGAUGCAUCUGAAGCUAGCGACUUUGAAAAAGCACCAGAAGGAGGAUGUACUAGACCAUGUGAUAUCAGACUACCAUGUGGCCAUGUCUGUGAACGAAUUUGUCAUAACGUUGACCGGGAACACAAAGGUUUCAGAUGCAGGAAACCUUGUACCAAAGGAUUUCCCCAAUGCAGCCAUGAUUGUCCAAAGAAGUGUUUUGAGAAAUGUGACAAUUGCUUUAUUCCUGUAAAAAAGACAAUUCCAAUGUGCGGUCAUGAGGACAUGGUUCCCUGUUCCAAAGAUCCGCAUUCCUGGACCUGCACCGAACCGUGUAAAGCCAAACUGUCAUGUGGUCACCAAUGUAAGGGACAGUGUGGAAACUGUCGGAAAGGAGGACAUAGAGUUCUCUGUACAGAGAUGGUAGAGAAAGUCUGGCCGUGUGAACACAUCCUCAAGACAAAGUGUCAUGAAGCCAACCUUGCAACUCAAUGUGACCGUCCUUGUCAGACUCCACUUGACUGUGGACACAGGUGUAAGGGAACAUGUGGAGCAUGCUUCUUUGGACGGAUUCACAAGUCUUGCAACGAAAAGUGUGGGAAAAAGCUCCCAUGUUCACAUAAUUGUCGGCAACCUUGUGGAGCCGCUUGUACUCCCUGCAGUGAAGUUUGUACUACGGCUUGUUCUCAUAGCGUAUGCAGCAAACCCUGCGGUCAAGCCUGUCUCCGGUGCAUGGAGAUCUGUCCUGGUGGAUGCAAACAUUCUCCUUGCACGAAGCUAUGUUUUGCUGAAUGUAACAAUGAACCAUGCGAGAUACCAUGUGACAAGACCUUGCCGUGUGGACAUAAGUGUAUUGGGCUUUGUGGAGAAAUGUGCCUAUGCAGAGAAUGUUUUAAGAGGAAACUUCCAACUUCCACAACCUCGUCCGAGGAGUCAGAAACCUUUAUCCGAUUCAAAUCUUGUGAUCAUGUAUUCACCAAGCUGUACAUGGACACCUGGAUGAAAGCUGCGGCAUCCAUUUAUGCAACUUUGCCAGUCUGCCCAAAAUGUCAGAAGACAGUGAAGGGAAGUACCAGAUAUGCCAAUAUCACCAAGAAAGCCUUCUCAGAAAUACAAGAUGUGAAGAAGGAGCUUGAGACCGCAUCUUCAGCAACAAGCAAACUCACCAGCCUUAAAGCGUCAAUCUCCAGGUCCCCUUUACCAAUGGAUACGAUCAGGAUUCUCGAGGGCUUCCUCACUAACCAACGCAGUAACAUUAACACCGUCAGUGCUGUUGAGAGUCAGUUCUCAAUGUCAGUCGAUCUGUACGAGGUUCAGCAGGCUCUGUCAAGCUCCCACCUUAGAGUGUCCCAAGAAGCAAAAGAUGUUGAUGCCCUUCAGAGACAUCUUCUUCAGAAGAAAGACUUCAUGAGCCCUCAGAUGAUCAGAGAAUACAAGGCUGAGAUCAAGAGCCUUCUGAGCAAGAUAAUACGGGCUCGUUCACUGGCUCCUACUCAGAAUACACCGGUUGAUGAGGGUACAUCGGUUUAGUGUCUGCUGUGGACAAUGCUAGUGAUUCAUCAUUAUGCAAUUUCAGGUGAUUUAGUUGACAAUUAAAACCCUUUUUCUAUUACAAGACAAUGAUGACACACACACGUGUGCGUGCGCGCGUGCGCGUGCGCGCGCGUGUUCAUUCACCGAUCGGUCACAGAAUGGAUGUCCGAUGAUUCGGAGGUCGACUACAGUGAAUGACAAUAUCAGUGUUACUGUGAGCCAGUGUCAGCAGAUAAAUGCUAGUAUAUAUAAUUGUCAGCCAUGUGAUGCUAAGGAGAAUGUAUUCUUGGUAAGACAAUUACUUUACGUUACUUGCGUGUUUAUUGUUGACUGUAUAAUUCUUUAUUCUCAUUGUAUUUUGAUUAUGGUAGUCAUUCCGCACGCAUGAUUUG